AUGCCAUCGCCACCGACGACGACUUCUCUCUCCGUCACACAAACCAUAAACGGAUCACACAGCUUCACAAUCAAAGGCUAUUCUUUGGCCAAAGGAAUCGGGAUCGGAAAACACAUCGCCAGCGAUACUUUCACCGUCGGAGGCUAUCAAUGGGCAAUCUAUUUCUAUCCUGAUGGCAAGAAUCCUGAGGAUAAUUCGGCUUAUGUCUCCGUUUUCAUUGCUCUUGCUAGCGAUGGUACCGAUGUUAGGGCUCUCUUUGAGCUUUCUUUGCUUGAUCAGAGUGGUAAAGGGAAGCAUAAGGUUCAUAGCCACUUCGAUCGUGCUCUUGAGAGCGGUCCUUAUACACUCAAGUAUCGUGGCAGCAUGUG